AUGGCCGGAAGUUUGGGAUUUAAUACUGAUUUAUCGGAUUCACAUUUAUGCCCAACUUUAUUACCUUCACCAAAUUUUAAUGCUGAAGAAGAUUGUGAAAGAUUACGAAAAGCAAUGGCUGGUUUAGGUACAAAGGAAAAAGAAUUAAUCGAGGUGAUGGGUCAUCGAUCUUCAGAGCAACGUCAACUUAUCGUAUCAAAGUAUCGUUCUUCAUAUGGGAAAGAAUUACUUUCCAAGUUGAAAUCAGAAAUUAGCGGACAUUUUUAUGACACUAUGGAAGCAUUAUGUUAUAGUCCAGCAGAAUUUGAUGCUCAUGAAUUGUAUAAAGCUAUGAAAGGUGCUGGUACAGAUGAAUCAGCAAUAAUUGAAAUUCUCUGUUCCCGUUCAAAUCAUCAGUUACAGCAAAUUAAAGAAGCUUAUGGACGUUUGUUUUCUGGACAUAAUCUUGAAAAAGAUAUUGCCAGUGAUACUUCUGGAGACUUUAAACACUUAUGUAUUGCACUUCUACAAGCAAGUAGAGAUGAAUGUACAAUUGUUGAUACACAACGUGCACGUAAAGAUGCUGAGGAAUUAUAUAAAGCAGGUGAAUUAAAAUGGGGAACGGAUGAAUCAAAGUUCAUUCAAAUCUUCGUCUCAAGAUCUUAUCCACAUUUGAAAGCAGUAUUCAAUGAAUAUCGCUGUAUAGCAAAUAAUGGUAUAGAGGAUGCUUUGAGAUCAGAGAUGCAUGGUAGUAUACUUGAGGCAUUUAUUGCGCUUGUUCGUUGCACCGUCAAUACACCAUUGUUCUUUGCUGAGAAACUGAAGCGUUCUAUGAAAGGAAUUGGAACUGAUGAUAGAACACUAAUUCGUAUCAUAGUCUCUCGUUGUCAAGUAGAUAUGGGCUUGAUUAAAAGAGAAUUUCAUACAUUAACUGGUAAAUCAUUGGAAUCUUGGAUUGAGGGUGAUACAAGUGGAGAUUAUCGUCAAUUGUUAUUGGCACUUGUUAGUGGUUAA